AUGAUUCGUGCUGUUCUAGUGUUCAAUAAUAGCGGGAAACCUCGUUUAAUGAAGUUCUACGACAAUGUGCCCGAAGAACUUCAGCAAAAACUCCUAAGAGAAACCUUCUUUUUGGUUUCGAAACGGGACGAAAAUGUGUGCAAUUUCCUCGAAGGUGGCAGCAACAUUUUUCCUGAACAAAGUUGUCGUCUCAUUUAUCGACAUUAUGCCACCCUUUACUUCGUCUUUUGUGUUGACGCAACCGAAAGUGAACUGGGCAUCCUUGAUUUGAUUCAAGUGUUCGUUGAGGCGCUGGACAAAUCCUUUGAAAGUGUUUGCGAACUCGAUCUAAUCUUCCAUUCAGAUAAGGUCCAUUUUCUGCUUAAUGAGCUUAUUAUUGGUGGCAUGGUUCUGGAGACACACAUCAGUGAAAUUGUCCAGCACAAUGAAGAGCAAAAUAAGCUGGAAAAACAAGAGCAAGGUACUAUUCCAAUGGCUCCUGCUCGUGCUGUAUCCGCUGUGAAGGAUUUAAAAAUUGCUCAGAAGCUCAAAGACUUCAAGCUUCCCGAUAUUCCUUACCUUAAUUCGCGCAUUCACUUGGGCUAG